UCAGACCCAGGCGUGGUCGGCAUGCGAAUUUCCAAAUAUGCCCUCGGCGUACUCGCCACCGCACGUGCCACCGCCAUGGUUAAACCCCACUUAAACCUUUCCCCUUCCUUUCUCCGAUCGUCGACUGGCAAUAGUCAGACGAGGAGUGCCGUUAGCAAAAAACCAGUAGAGCUCUGACACUCUCCAUUGAAGACGAAGACGAAGAAGAAGGAGAAAGGAGGAGGAGGAGGAAGAAGAAGAGGAGAAGACGGUAUUGUUGUUCCAUGUAGUCGGGUGGAGGAAAUUUGUUGACCAAUUGGCCCUUAUGAAGAGGGUUUGAGCUGAAGCCAUUUCUCCGUUUCUUCACCUCGGAGCGGCUGGGGGCUCGUAUAUUUGAGCUUGCUGUCAAGAAUGUCGCGGUUGGUGGCGGGUUUGCUGCUGCUGCUGCUGCAGCUGCUGAGAGCGGGGGAGGCGGUGUCGGAUUUGGGGACGGGGCCUCAUAUAACGGACGUGAACAUACUGCUGCCUCCGAAGAUGACCCGUGCCGUGGAGUACAGGCUCCAGGGAAGCGACGGUUGCUUCAAAUGGACAUGGGAUCACCACGAUGUUUUAUCCGUUAUUCCAGAAUACAACAUAAGCAACCACUGCUCGACCAGUGCACGCUUGAGAUCUAUUGCUCCAUACAGUGGGCGGAAGGAGAGUGCUGUCUAUGCCACUGAUUUGAAUACUGGAACUGUUAUCCGCUGCAAGGUCUUUAUUGACAACUUUUCCAGAAUCCAGAUAUUCCACAGCUCUAUCAAACUUGACUUGGAUGGGCUUGCUACUCUUCGUGUCCAUGCCUUUGAUAGUGAAGAAAAUGUAUUUUCAUCCUUGGUGGGCCUGCAGUUCAUGUGGCAGCUGGCUCCUCAAACCACUGGACAGCCUCAUCAUCUUGUUCAUGUUCCUCUAAAAGUUUCUCCUCUUAGUGACUGUGGCGGAUUGUGCGGUGACUUGGAUGUGCAGAUAAAAAUUGAAGAUAGUGGGACAUAUUCAGAUUUGUUUGUGGUGAAAGGAGCAGCAAUUGGUCACGAGGUUAUCUCUGUGCAUUUGAUGGAACCAGAGCUGAAGCACCUGACUGACAAAAUUGUCCUGACAGUAGCAGAAGCUAUCUCAGUAGAACCUCCUUCACCAGUCUUUGUUCUUAUUGGGGCUGUGGUUCAUUACAGUCUUAAGGUCAUCCGUCAAAAUACUCCUCAAGCGGUCCCAUUACCUUCUCCUCACUACAGAUGGUCCGUUUUCAAUUCUUCGGUUGCCCAUGUGGACCCUACGUUGGGUGUUACUCAUGCACUGAGUUUAGGGACAACAACUAUAACUGUCGAGGAUACCAGGGUUGCUGGGCAUAAACAGGGUUCAUCCCUUCAUGUUGUCCUCCCUGACUCUAUAUGUUUGUACUUAUCCCCUUUGUCUAGCUCUGGUGAACCAAUUGAAGGAACAGAGCUUGUUGCAUCUGUUGCGCGGUGGUAUGUUGUUGCUGGCCAUCAAUAUGUCAUUCAAAUUAAGGUUUUCUCACAAGGGCCUGAUGUGCAAGAGAUCUAUAUUACUGAGAAUGAAGAUGUUGUGCUGUAUGACAACCAGUCAGAUAACUGGGAAGUUCUUUUGGUGCCUAAUGAUGUUGUGGUCAAGCAUGGUUGGCAAAAUUCUAGGAUCCUUCGAGCAACUUCUCCAGGAGUGGGAAAGUUGAUUGCUUCUUUAACAUAUUUUAGUGGAAACGACAGAGCGAAGGAGGUGCUUAAGGUUGUACAAGAAGUUAUGGUUUGUGAUCAAGUGAAAAUUGUUUUGGAGAAAAGAGAUGGUUAUUCUCAUGGCAUUGUUCUUCCGUGGGCUCCAGGCAUUCAUCAAGAGGUGCAAUUGAAGGCUACAGGAGGUUGUGCAAAGGCAUCCAUUGACUUCAAAUGGUUUUCUUCGGACAUGGACGUUUUAUCUGUAUCCACUUCAGGGGUUAUCCAAGCAAAAAAGCCUGGAAAAGCUACUAUUAAAGUAGUGUCAAUUUUCGAUCCGUUUAAUUAUGAUGAGGUGAAUGUUGAAGUUUCCACCCCGACAUCUAUGGUUAUGCUGCAAAACUUCCCUGUAGAGACCAUUGUGGGAUCACAUCUCGAAGCUGCUGUUACCUUGAAAGCAUUAAAUGGUGACUCCUUUUACAGAUGUGAUGCAUUUAAUUCCUACAUAAAGUGGAAGGCGGGUAGUGAAUUCUUCACUAUCAGCAAUGCAACAGGAGAGGCACCUAAGUUUGAUAAACUUGUGAAUACUGAUGUUCUUUCACUAGUUUCUGGUCCACCUUGUUCAUGGACCUCUAUAUAUGCUGCUGGACCGGGUCAGACUAUGUUGCAUGCAACGCUUUCAAAAGAUUAUUCUGAUCAUCUUCAGUAUGGACCCAUUGUUCUGAAAGCAUCAUCACAUAUAGCAGCAUAUGCACCACUUCUGGUAUCACAAGUCGGAGAUGGUAACCAAUUUGGUGGUUACUGGUAUGAUUUAGCCAAACAAGAAGCUGAGGCCCAGCUUGAAAAUCUAGAUAAAUUAUAUCUUGCCCCAGCAACACAUUUAGAUGUCAUGCUUCUUGGAGGACCCGAAAAAUGGGGUAGAGGAGUUGAUUUCAUUGACACCGUUCAGAGUUUUGAUCAAGAGCAUGCUUCUGUUGAAGAUGAAGUUAUUGUUCAGUUGCUCUCUAGCAAAUAUGGGAGUCUGUACAGAAUCUCUUGCCAAAAGCUGGGAAAUUUUGAACUUAUUUUCAAACGUGGGAAUCUAAUUGGCGAUGACCAUCCUCUGCCUGCAAUUGUGGAAAAAUCACUAUGGCUUGUUUGUAGUUUUCCUGCCUCAAUUGUUUUAGUUGCAGAUGAACCUGUUAAUGAGCGGAAUAUUAUCCAAUCUGCUAUCCAAGGCGAGCGUGGCCCAGGAAGAAUUCGUGCCACCCCUGUUACUGUGGCAAAUGGUCGCACAAUUCGUAUAGCUGCAGUUGGCAUUACCGAUUCGGGAGAAGCCCUAGCAAAUUCAUCAUCUCUUCAUUUGAAGUGGGAAUUGAGCAGUUGUAAUCGGCUGGCGUUUUGGGAUAUUAAUCAUGAAAGACAAAGGUCUCAAUCUGAUUGGGAACGUUUUCUGGUCUUGCAAAAUGAAACUGGAUUGUGUACUGUCCGUGCUACCGUAAUUGGAUUGGAUAAAACUACAGGAUUUCAUGUUUCCACUGCAUUGCCUGAAAGUUCACUGUAUGCCCUCACAGAUGCUUUGCGCUUGCAGCUUGUUUCAACCCUGAGGGUUUAUCCAGAUUACAUUAUGUUAUAUUCUAACCCAGAUGCUAAGGUGAAUCUGUCUAUCAGUGGUGGAAGCUGUUUUCUGGAAGCUGCUGCUAAUGAUUCUCAAGUUGUGGAAAUUAUUCAACCUCCACCUGGGUUGCAGUGUUUACAACUCUUUCUGUCCCCUCGGGGACUUGGGACUGCACUUGUAACUGUCAAUGAUAUUGGACUAGCACCUCACCUCACGGCCUCUGCUUUGGUCCGUGUUGCAGAUGUGGACUGGAUUAAAAUUACUUCAGGGGAUGAGAUAAGCCUUAUGGAAGGAACCUCAAAGUCAAUAGACCUAGUAGCGGGGACUAAUGAUGGCAGCACUUUCGACCAUUCUCAGUACACCUUCAUGAAUAUUCAUGUCCAUAUUGAGGAUCCCAUCGUUAAACUUGUACCCGAGGAUGAUUCUUCAAGUUCUGAUAAUGGACAUGUUAAGGGUCCAAGUUUUGUAAUUGCUGCGAAACAACUUGGGAUAACCAAUCUACAUGUCAGUUUUAGACAGAAGUCUGGAAACGAGCUGUUGACUCAACAGAUAAAGAUAGAAGUUUAUGCUCCACCGAUCAUUCACCCUCGUGAUAUUUUCCUUGCACCGGGAGCUUCCUAUGUGCUCACUGUCAGCGGAGGACCAACAGUUGGUGUUCACAGAGAAUAUGCUAGUUCCGAUAAUGGGAUUGCAACAGUCGACAAGUCAUCAGGACGACUUUCUGCAAUUUCACCUGGGAACGCUUCUAUAGUAGCGACAGUUUAUGGAAGCAGAAAUACAGUGGUUUGUCAGGCGCAUGGGAGAGUUAUUGUUGGGGUUCCUUCUUCAGCGAUACUAAAUGCACAAAGUGACCAGCUUGCAGUUGGCCGUGAGAUGCCUAUAUAUCCUUUUUUUCCGGAGGGCAGCUUAUUUUCUCUUUAUGGACUCUGCAAAAGCUACAAGUGGACCUUAGAGGAUGAUAAGGUUUUAGGUCUCCAACUGGCAGAGCAUGUUGACGAAAUGCAUGGGACCCAGACAUAUGUUGAUGAGAAAGAGCUUGGUUUAAUCAAUAUCCUGCAUGGAAGGUCUGCAGGCAGGACUAGUGUUGCAGUUACAUUUUCAUGUGAUUUCGUUUCUGCAUCAUACUCGGAGUCAAAGUUCUAUAGUUCAUCUCUAUCAAUAUUGGUGGUCCCUGACCCUCCUCUUGCGCUUGGAGUUCCAAUAACCUGGAUACUUCCUCCCUACUAUAUCACCUCAGGCCUUCUCCCCUCAUCUGCUGAAUCACAUGGAAAGGAGAUUCAGAAAGGAAAUAUUAUGUACUCCUUAUUGAGGAGUUGUGGGGAAAAGAGCACAAUGAUGCUGAAUGAUGCUAUGUCACUUAAGGAUGAUAGAAUUAUAACAGGAGGAAGUAAUGAUCUCGAUUGCAUUCAGGCAAAAGAUCGUACAACUGGAAGAACUGAGAUUGCUUCUUGUGUUAGGGUUACAGAGGUUGCUCAAAUACGAAUAUCAAAUACUGGGUUCUCAUUCCCUGUUGUCUAUCUCGCUCUUGGUGCUGAACUCGAACUACCAAUUACCUUCUAUGAUGUUUUAGGAAAUCCCUUUCAUGAGGCAUAUAAUGCAAUUGCUUUUGAUGCUGACAUCAACUAUCCUGAUGUUGUUUCCGUUAACAGUACAACUAGUGGCAAAGGACAUAUCCUGCUCAAGGCAGUACAUCAUGGAAGAGCUCUUCUCCGAGUUUCUGUCAGUGAUAGCCCACGAAAGGCAGAUUAUGUGCUGCUAUCAGUUGGUGCCCACAUAUAUCCUCAAAAUCCUGUCAUUCACACGGGAAGCUCGGUUAAUUUCAGUUUAGAAGGCUUUGAUGAAACCGUUUCUGGAAGGUGGAUUAGCGCCAAUGAAAGUGUCAUGUCCGUGAACAUGAAUUCUGGAAAAUCUGAGGCAGUUGGUGAAGGUAUGACUCAAGUUAUUUUUGAGUGUCCAAGCAUGAAACUGCAAACUACUGUUUCAGUUUUGAGGGGAAACAUUGUUUUUGUGGAUGCCCCUGAAGAGACGGUAACCAAUGUUCCUUUCCCCAGAGGAGGAUAUGCAUUCUCAGUGAGAUUCAGAAGUCCUUACGUCAAUGUAGUUGAAGUUCUUGGAAAAAGCAAAGGGAUCCCUUAUGACUGCUCAGUGGACCCGCCAUUCAUUGGUUAUGCAAAGCCAUGGGUGGAUCCCAAUUCCGGUAACUCAUAUUGCCUCUUCUUUCCUUACUCGCCGGAGCAUUUGGUACAUUCUUUGCCCAAGUCAAAGGGCAUGAGAUCAGAUAUUUCUAUAACAAUCAACGCUAUAUUGAGAGAAGCUAAUAAUGCCUCGGGAUCUGCAUCUGCACUCUUUAUUGGAGGGUUUUCAAUAAUAGGCAUGAGCAAGGAUGGAUUGCAUCUAAACCUGACACCAGACUCGAACAAGACUACCAUGACCAUUUUGGGUAACACAGAUGUUGAAAUCCACUGGCAAGCCCGGGAAAUGAUGAAGAUAAGUCCAACAAGAAGAGAAGAUUCCGGCAUCGGAGGUUUUGCCGAGUAUGAGGUCAAGGUGCUUAGACCCAAGAAUUUCAAGGACCAGAUCAUUAUUAGUCUUCCUGCCACGGGUCAGAGGUCGGAAAUAGAUGUUAGCUAUGAGUCUGGAGAGAAGAAGACAACAUUCGUCCGGGAAAUAAUCUCCAUUUGGUCGGGCAUUCUUGUGUCUCUUGCGAUCUUGAUAGUAACCGUAGCCAUAUUUCUCUGCAUUUUGUCCCAGCCAAACAGAAGCCCCCCGUCCAUCUCCCAGUCAACACCACAAGGAUUGGCACCUGCUACACCUAGCAGAAGCCCUGGUGGAGUUAGUACCACAAGCGAUCAGUCUCCUCGGACUCCCCAGCCUUUUGUGGACUACGUGAGGAGGACAGUAGACGAGACCCCUUAUUACAGGCGAGACGGGGCUAGGCGAAGGUUCAAUCCUCAGAAUACUUAUUAGAGACACGAUAGAUGGCCCCACUGAAUAUCGGGUUUUCCAUAAUCUCGAUACCUGCUUGUGUUGUUUUGCAUAGUCUUCAACUAUGCGGUUUUAGGGUGAAGGGGAGACAUUAGAAGAGAUAGAGAAUUGACCCGCGCGACCCGCGGAUGAAGCGAGAACAAAAUUUUAGUUUCAUGAAAUUGUGAUUCAUAUUUGAUAAAUAGGAUAUUUUACACUUUCCUUCAUAUUCUUUCCAUUAUUUACGGCUAGUUGAUUUAUAUUAUAGAGAAAUAGAUGUAGGGAUGUUUGUGGGCAGGUUUUGGGACAGUUAGAUCCUUCCCAAAUCUGAGAACUCUUCCAAACCCUUUUUAAACCCGUUUAGAAUUCAUAAGAAAAA